GCCAGGACCGACAGCAGACGGGAGCGGGAAGUACAGACACGAAGAGGGGGAGGUGCCAAGCGUCCAGGGGUGGCAGAACGGAGAGGUCUGGCUGGUGUGUAGGCUCUGAUGAUCCUCUGACGGAACGGAGACGGUCGACCAGAGACAAGCUGCGCAAGAAGGCUGGCGGCGAAACGUCCCACCCGUGCCAGUUAAGAGCAACGGUGACCCUAGGGGGUAAGUUUCCUUCUUGGACUUGAAAUUUCCCAUGGCAAGCCUAUUAACGGAAGGGUCAUCUCUCGCUGCCUUUGAGGUGAGCGUCCCGCAGCAGAGGGUGCUCGCGGUGCGAGGCCGGCCGGUGGUUUUGGGGUGCAGCUACGCGCCCAGCAACAGUCUGGAGGGCCUGGUGGUGACGUGGCAGACAGCGGAGGACAACUUGGUCCUGCACAGCUUCUAUUAUGGGCAGGACCAGCUGGACCAGCAGAGCGCCCGCUACCGGAACCGCACCUCGAUGUUCCGGCCCCUGCUCGGCGCCGGAAACGCCUCUCUGAGGCUGGACCGGGUCGGCCCGCAGGACUCCGGGCGCUACCUCUGCUCCGUCGACAGCCUGCAGGGAAAUGGCAAAGCGGAGGUGCAGCUGGAGUACGCGGGUGAGACAACUUCCUGUCCCAGAACGGCAGACAGCCAGGUGCAGCCAGGUAGAGCGUUCUACACCGAGCCCAAGCUCAACAUCCAGGUCCACCCCAGCAACAUCAGCCUGCAGUAUCAGAGCGAGGGGUACCCCGCGCCCCAGGUCCAGUGGACCGACUCCGCGGGCCGCAACCUGACUGCCCGGGAGGAGCUGUCUGGGCCCGGGGAGGACGGGCUCCUGUCCCUGAGGACCAGCGUGACGCUGAAGGACCCCGGUCCCGGAGUCAACCUGAGCUUCACCCUGAGGAACGCCGCCCUGGGACAGGUGCUGGAGAGGCCCGUCUCCCUCAGGCUGGCUUCCGAUGACAUUGGGCAUUGCACAGACUGCGCCAGAGUGACCAUCCCACUCAUUUGCUUUCUCUGCCUGCUGCUGCUGUGUCUGGGACUGGCAGCCUUCGCGUACUUCCGACGCAAGAGGAACAGAAUGCCGAUGGCAUACUGCAACGGCUCGGAAACAAUUACCUCCGCGUGACCCUGGGGGGGGGUGGAGACAUUACAUUACAUUACGUUACAGGCAUUUAGCAGACGCUCUUAUCCAGAGCGACAUACAACAAGUGCAUCAGUUCAAGGUGCAGAGGUGCAAAAGAAA